AUGCCUGAUUUCCAUCGUCAAUCUAGUACAGAACUUAUGGGAAAUAGAACAAGACACCUAAUUACGUUUAAUCCAAAUUCUGCCAAACCGGGAGAAGAAAUUUAUGUGAAUAUUCCAAAAUUAAAACCGGAUUCCGUAUUAGUUCCCGAUAGUAUGGCGCUGGUAUUCGACUUUAAAAAUGCCAACGAGAAAUCCUGGUUCCGCAAUAAUUUGGGAAAAUUACUACAGAAAAGAUUAGAAAUCCGGUUGGCCGGCGAAAAAGUCUACGAUAACGGUGGCGAAAGUUUGAUGGAAGUGUAUAAAGAUUUGUGGAUGGAUGGAAAACAACGUGCCGAUAAGAUCGAAGACGGUAUUGCAACCGAAGCCGUCCGCAAGAAAAUCUCCAAGGACGACGAAGCCAAUGCCGAUGCCGAUGCCACCGCCUUAUUUGGAAUUUUUGGAACGAAAUAA